AUGAGCAUGCCAAUCACGGCCUUCCUCUUGCUGUUCUUCCUAGCGGGCUCAGUGUACCUUAACUCCCUUCAUGGCGAGUUCGUCUUCGAUGACAUCAUCGCCGUCAUGGAGAACAAGGAUGUUCUUCCCAGCACACCAUUGGAGAAAGUCUUCAAGAGCGACUUCUGGGGAACUCCCAUGGAGGAGUGGCAGAGCCACAAGAGUUUCCGCCCUCUGACGAUCCUCAGCUUCAGAUUGAGCUACCUGCUGGCAGGGAGGCGAUGGGACGAGGUUCAGUUCCACUCAGUGAACGUAGUGCUUCAUGGUAUAGUCACCCUCCUGCUCUACCCUGUGACGAGGAUUGUGCUGGGGAGGAGGAGGAGGAGGAGCGAGAGCUUCUGGGCGUGUGCUCUCUUUGCAACGCACCCCAUCCACACAGACGCCGUGAGCUCAAUCGUGAGCAGAGGCGAGAUGCUCAGUGCAAUCAUGUUCCUUCUCUCGUUCCUCUGCCAUGUCAGGUCCACAACGUUGCCCUCCCGCUUCGUCCUGGUCAACUUGGUCCUCGUGCUCCUGUGGACUUGCUGCUCCAUCGCUCUUGCAUUCUGCGGGAUGCUGUUCAAGGAGCAGAGCAUCACUGUCUUCGGGGUCAACGUGGUGUAUGAGCUAGUCAGAGAUCGAUCGAUGCUGAGCUUGAUGCUGAAGAGGACAGAGGCAAAGGAGAAGCGGGACGAUGCCGUGCAGAAGGCAGGAGAGGAGGAGGAGGAGGAGGAGGAGAAGGAAGACGGGGACGGAAGGGAGCCCAAGGAGGAGCAUGCUGGAAAUUCUGGUGCUGCAGGUAGUACAGACGACUCUCUUCCUGCGAGGCAUGGCCAAGAGUCCGGGGAGGGGAGAGGAGCGGGAGCGGGAGUACAAGCGGGGGCAGGAGGGGCCCACGAGGCGGGAAAGCUUCAAGAGGCAUCGCUCGGAGUGCUGCGGCUGGUGUGUAUCUUGUGCAGCUUCCUCCUCAUCUUCCAGUGGAGGAAGGAGCUGAACGGGCCCUGCAUUCCUGUCUUCAAGCUCAAGGGUGACCCCAACAUCUCUGCUUGGGACGCGGCUGGGACGGUCGCCCCUGGCGUCUAUUCGGAAGCUGCUUGCCGGCCAAACUUCCUCCAGGUUGAGAACCCGGCUAGGUUUGUAAGGGGAGAGCGAGGUUGGCUGGUUCGACUGCUCACGUGGAAUUUCCUGCUGUACAAGAAUGCAGAGCUUUUGAUGUUUCCCCUAGUGCUCAAAGCCGAUUACUCACACUUCACCGUACCCCUUAUCCAUGACCUGCACGAUGCGAGGAACUUGCUGACGGUUCUCUUCUGGUGUUCGUUUCUGUUGUUGAGUUCAGUCGCUGUGCUUCUGUUUGUGAGGAGGAAGGACAUCUCGGCCAUCAUGUCCCUCAGCCUCAUCGUCGCUCCUUUCCUUCCCAGCUCAAACCUUUUCUUUCCUGUCGGUUUCGUUAUCGCAGAGCGCGUUCUGUAUGCUCCUUCCCUCGGUUUCUGUAUCCUGCUCUCCCUCGCUAUCCACCGGAUGGGGGGUAGAGAGGAGGAGGAGGAGGAAGAAGAGGAAGUCAAGAUGAAAGGAGGAGCUGAAGCAGGGGAUCGUUCUGUGUUGAUGGACUUGUUUCGUUCAAGAGCUCAACGAAUCUGUUUGUUCAUCACCGUGGCGUAUGGGAUUCGAACUUUGAUUAGAAACAGAGACUGGAGGCACCGAGAAGCGUUUUAUGGUGCAAUGAUUCGAGACAACCCAACAAACCCGAAAGCUCAUUACGGCUACGGAAAUAUCAUCAUCAACGACGUCAAACGAAUUGAUAUUGGGGUCAAACAUCUUUUGGAAGCUUCAAGACUGCAACCAAACUACUUCGACGCUUACAACGACCUCGGUGCCUUUUACAACCGUGCUGGUCAAUAUGAAAAGGCUGAAGAACAGUUGGAUAAUCCUGUCUUUGCUCACACAGAGAUCCAACAGUUUGCAGUGAAAGCGAAACCUGAGCACAUCAACGGGCUCCACAACCUAGGACUCAACUCUCUUGCCAAACAAGAUUACGAGAAGGCGUUUCUUGUCUUCGACCAGGCCGUCGACUUCUUUCCCGAUCGUGUGGAUUUCUACUUUAACAUGGGACAGGCCCUCCAUGGCCUUGGCAUGCAUGAGGACGCGCUGCAGGCUCAUCGUGACAUCAUCUCUCUCGAUCCCCUCAACCCGAUCUCUUACUAUUGGUAUGGACUCGCUGCUGGCAAAGUCGGAAGACAGGAAGAGGCUGAGCUGUUCUUCCGCAAUGCAAUUCGCAUCAACAGGCACUUCGUCGACGCCAUGCACAACUUGGGCGUCUGCCUGAUGAAACAAGAUCGUCUUGAGGAGGCCAUCGGCUACUUUCUGCGAGUUCGUCGCUACAACCCCAACCACGUCGAAGCCAAGAGGCUCUUGUCCAAGUACCUUCAAGUUGACUCGUGA